GUUGGAGUAGUUGCAUUACAAGGUGCAUUCAGGGAACACAUCCUACAUAUAGAAAGAUUAAACAAACAACCUUCCACUUCUACAAACUUACCGCAUCUAGAAGCAAUUCUAGUAAGAACGCCAAAGGAUUUACAACAAUGUGAAGCUUUGAUCUUACCCGGAGGAGAAUCUACUGCCAUCGCACUUGGAGCGCAACGUUCUGGCCUGCUAGAACCUUUACGGGAUUGGGUACGAGAUGGAAGACCGGUUUGGGGAACGUGUGCAGGUAUGAUCUUACUUUCCAGAGAAGCAUCUGGCAUCAAAAAAGGUGGACAAGAUUUGAUAGGUGGAAUAGAUAUUAGAGUAGGACGGAACGGUUUCGGAAGUCAAGUUGACUCUUUUGAACAUCAAUUGGAUAUUCCUACUUUGGAUAAAGCAAAACCAUUCCCGGGCGUAUUCAUUCGUGCACCUAUCGUCGACAGCCUUUUGCUACCGAAGGACAUUGAUUCGGACAACGGAGAACCACUUUUGGAUACCUCAUCAUCUUCACGUCGGCCUAGUAUUAUGGGACGGGCAACGACCGAUAUUGCAGCUUCUGCUGUUCAACUUACAAUCUCAGUUGCACCAGCUUUGGAAGGAAAUGGAGAGGCAAGAAUGCAAAGGCCACCUUUGGAAAUCCUAGCAACCUUACCAAGAUUGCCCCGGGGUGCUGUUCCUGGCGUUGGCGGAGGCAACAAUGAAACACAGGAUGGCUUGAUCGGUGCAAGGCCGGAGCAUGAUUCGAUGAUCGUUGCUUUGAAACAAGGACGGUUGAUGUGCACGAGCUUCCAUCCUGAACUAACAACCGACAGUCGUCUGCACGAAUUCUUCAUUCAAAAAUGUGUUUUG